AUGGUUCUUCACAACCCCAACAACUGGCAUUGGGUCAACAAGGAUGUCUCCGUUUGGGCCAAGGAGUACCUCUCGGAGAACCUUCGCACACUUUCCACCGAGGAGGAUGGUGUCACUGCGAAGGUUUCCAACUUACUGACCAUGGACGGCGACGUAGAUGUCAGCCAAAGAAAGGGCAAGGUCAUCACUUUGUUCGAUGUCAAGCUGCAGUUGGAGUAUGAAGGUAAGACAAAGGAGGAAGAGUCUGUUAGUGGCACUAUCACCAUCCCCGAGGUAGCCCACGACACAGAGGAGGAUGAGUAUGUCUUUGAAAUCGAGAACUACUCCGAUUCUUCCUCCAAGCAGCCCGUGAAGGAUCUCGUGCGCUCCAAGCUCGUCCCACAAAUCCGAAAGGAAUUGGCCAAGUUCCGCCCGGCAUUGAUCUCUGAACACGGGAAAGAUAUUCAACAUGCUCCUGGUGUGAACCCUUCGAGCGGUUUCCCAAAGCCCGCAUUCCACCCCCAGAGCGCUGCCAAAGACACUUCUGCCCCCAAGACCACGACUACUACCUCUACCAACAAGGUUGCUGUCAACACCACUACUGUGACCGCGUCAGAUGAGUUCCGAACCACAGCGGAAGAGCUCUUCCAGACCUUCACAGACCCCCAGCGCAUUGCAGCUUUCACCCGGGGAGCGCCUCGCCAGUUCGACGGCGCCCAGGUCGGUGGAAAGUUCUCUAUCUUCGAUGGCAAUGUUACCGGAGAAUUCGUGAAGCUCGAGCCGCCAAAGCUGCUGGUUCAGAAAUGGCGCCUCGCCCAGUGGCCCGCGGACCACUUCAGUACUCUCGAGAUCAGCUUUGAGCAGAACGAUCUCGACGGCGUUACCCAAAUGCGCGUGACAUGGACCGGCGUCCCCGUCGGCCAGGAGGACGUCACGAAGCAAAACUGGGAACUUUACUACGUGCGAAGCAUCAAGCAGACCUUCGGGUUUGGCACUAUUCUCUGA